CAGGACUGGAGGAAUUUGAAACUUCCCGAUACAGUCAGAAAGAUGCAUUUCUCACUGACUAGCUGGCAAAUGAUUUCUUCUCAAAAGGCGACAGCAGUGCAAAUAGUCAUUUCUGUUUUGUAGUUGCUUCGCGGCCGCUUAUGAAUCUGCUUGUGCUGAUGUGAGUCGUGUGGGCAUGCUGAGGUAUUCAUGCAGAUCAGGUAGCACAGUGCUAUUUUGGUGCCCACUUUUGUGUGAAACUGCACUUAUGUUUCUUCCGACUCGGACUGCAUCUUUCCCCAAACACAUUUGGAAUCCUCACAAAAAGCUUUCACAAAGAUCAUUAGGCCUUUAUCUCCUGAUACAAAAUGUAUCUUCCUCUCUUGCUAAGGCCUCGUCCAUGUUUUUUGACAAGGGGAUUUUCCUUAUUCUAGUUUAUUUCCAGCUCACCCUGUAAUUGCUUAUAAUUUCAAGACAUAUUCAAGGUCCCUUCUGCGGGUGCUAAUUGCACCUGUUCAGCUUACUUUAUUAGAUUCAAUACGAGCCUCAAAAGGGGAAAAAAACUUGCAGAGGACUGAUGCACAUUUCACAUUGCAAAUAACCAAUAAUCCAUUAAUAUGCUCAAAUCAUCAUCAAUAUUCAUAUGUUACUGCCCUGUGGGUUCAUUCCAGCCGAUGAUGAAUUCUUCCCGCCUGUUCACAUAAUGCUGGGUGUCGAUACAAGAGAGCUUUGAGGGAAAUUCUCUUUGGGAGGUUUUUAGCAGAGUCCCAGCCAGGAAUGGCACUGCUUCUCUUUGUGAGAACACACAUUCACACUGACUCAGCCAAGACUGUGGCUGAUAAGCACCGCAGUGAGCAUAACGCUGCCCUCUCUGUCAUGAAUGCUCUCCUGUGUUGUAAUUAAUUUUCCAGGCCAAUUCAUGCCUAACAUUAGGGGAUGUGAACAGUGUGAGCUAAUUGCAUUCUUGACAAUAAACUUUUCCCCUUGGAAUGUAAUUUCUCCGCCUCAACUGACGUCAUUGGUCAGAGCAGAUGGUGGUGCAUCAAGGCCUUCGAGAAGCUUCAGUCUGUAAAAAGUGCGGAGAUGACUUACUUUUACGGGGAUGAGUGAAAGGCGGAUCCUGUCUUGUUAAAUGUGGCCUGAUGAUGAGAUGUUUAGAUUGUAAGUAAGAUUGUUGACACUGACAUCCAAAUAAUAUGUCAGUGUAGAUUCUCAGUCAUCCAGGACAUUGUGCAUCAUGGAACAUAAGUUGGGGCAACUGGACUUCGGUUCGAAAGUGAAGGCAUUUCAGCUCUCAUCCAAAAAGCUUUUUCAGUUCUGAUUAACUUAAGAGGAUUAAGUCCUCUUGAAAUUUCUUGGCAAAUUACUCAGAGGAGACGGAGACAAUUUACAUUCAUCACUGUGUAUGCAUAGUUUGAAUUUCUUUUUUUAAAGUAUUUAGUCCUCCAUGAGCAAUUUCUGACAUCAUGUGGAGGUUUUGGAGACUAAUUUAGUGGCACUGGUAUAAUGCCUGCAGCUCUGCUCAAUAGCACUAAAGGACUCAUCCACACUAAUGAGUUUCCUUAUGACGCAAAAAAAAAGAAAAAAAAAAACCAAACAAACUUGGAACCAGGAUGCUUUGUGAUACAUCAUCCAAUAUUAUUACAUAAGGGCAAUUAGAAGAUGGCCACAGACCAACAGCGCAGUAAUUAGCUCACACAAACUGGAUGAACACUACAGAAUUCUGUGGAAAGGUCUCGCUUAUGCACAGAAAGAGCUCACAGUGAUGCUUUUCUCAUAUAGGAGAGCAGUUUUAUCAAACUGUACUGUCAUUUAUCAACACACUUUAAAUUAUUCAGUAGUGUCUGAUGGGGCAAUACUAUAUUCAAACAUAUGAGAAAGCAGUAGGGUACAAUUGGACCUGUUAAUUCUUUAGCAUAUUGAUAUGAACAUAAUUUAGUUUAGUCUGUGACACAGUGUUAUUGAUUGAGUUCUUAAUUUUUUGAGGCUGCCGCUUUGUGUUACUUGGCAACUUUCCAUGAAGUAUAUUUCAAUAUCUGAAAAGAACUUUUUCUCCACUUGGCUUUCGACCACAAGCUGAAUAAAAGAAGUAGACGUACCCCACAUGACAUCACCCCUGGACUUUCAGUAAGAUUUUACUUUCUCAUUGUUUAAAGUACCUCUUACUUUGCGAAUUAAGAACAUUCAUGACCCUGCAUUGAUGUCAUUUGCGUACAAGCUCUCUUAUUGGCUGGCUGUAACUGAUAUUGGACUCCUGAUUGGCUAAUGGUUUGACUAGCCAAUAGACUAUGAUCGAAUGCUUACUCAGUUUCUACUGAAACCCAUGGGGUACAUAUAUAAAACCCUGUACUGUGGGGAGUGUUGAGCAGAUUCACAAGUGAGUCUAUUGUUUGAUUCUUCACUACAAGAAGAUCUAUAGCCCUGCGGGAAUAAUGAUUAUGCUGAAACUCUGGACUCUCCUUCUUGCCUAUGCGUUGAUCAUUUGUCAGGUGUAUGUCUCGCAGGCAGCUCCACCCAGAACCAGUAAGGAGUCCAUGUCAGGUGGAAUCACACUAUCGAAUGAUGAUGCUCAGAGGUUACUUGGUGCUUUGGCGGAGUUCAUGCAGAUAACUUCAGAUGAGCAAGACCAACAAACAGAUGAUGGAAACAGUUUGGAUAGACCCUUGUCAAAGCGAUGCACCGGGUUAAGCACGUGUGUGCUGGGCAAACUCUCCCAAGAUAUUCACAAACUGCAAACCUAUCCCCGCACCAACGUGGGAGCAGGGACGCCUGGCAAGAAACGAAGUCUAUCUGAGCAAUAUGAAAACUAUGGCAUCACAUACAACUGAAACUCUCUGUUUUUAGCCCAUCUUUUUUUCUGUUAACAUUUGCUUGUUCAUCCAGCUCUAUCAGUUCAUGAGACUGCUGAUGUAUGUGGAUCCUAUUUGUCCGAUUAACUUCAAGGAAACAUCAUUGCUUUAACUUUCCACUGACAAACAUUACUUUUGUGUGACAGACUUGAAGACUUGAAACAACCACAAUAAUUGCGUUAGUCACAGUUCAAUAAAAUAUAUUAAUAGCCAAGAGAAUUCUUAUUGUUAAAUUAUUUUUUUCUUCUUGGUAAUUAUGUUUUCCCUACAAAAGAAUAUAAAUCAUAUUUUACAUGGAAUGUGCCUUUAAUCCAUUUAAAAUGAAAACAUACUGUACUCAGUGAAUAGGAAAAUGAAAGGAGAAAAGGGUAAGCAUGGUUGGCUAUAAUACACACAAUUAUUGGAAUAUUUCCUUUGACAUAUCUCCAUUUUGUUUUAUUUGAUGUUGAUAAUGCAACACAAUAUUAUGAGUAUCAUAAUAAACUGUGUUCAUUUGUCUU